CCCGGGCCUCCCACCACCACCACUACUCCGGGCUGGAGGUUGUGACUUCCUUACGGGCCGAACUUCCAGAAGCUUGGGGCCGAGACGAGCCAGGCACCGGCAGACGACUUGGUCGGAGGUGCGGGGCCUUCCCGGGGGGCACCAGGCGGAAGAGCGAGGAGAACCGCAUCUGAUGAUCUGAUCCUGAAGUAAACAUGGAGGAGGCCACACCGAAGUCCUUGAUCGAUAUAGCGCUGCAUUACUUGAGCGCCAACCUUGAGAAAUUCUGCUGGAAGAGAUCAGACGGGACGUUCUAUUUAAAUGAUGCCGCCGUCUUCCCUCAGGAGGUGGCCGAUCAGCUGCUGCGCACCAUGGCCGUACAAAGACAGCUCAACGAGGUAACUGUAGGAAUUUUCCGCGGAAGCCAGUUGCGACUUAAGCGUGCAUGUAUCCGCAAGGCGAAGAUCUCUGCCGUGGCCUUCAGGAAGGCUUUCUGCCAUCACAAAUUAGUUGAAUUGGAUGCGACUGGGGUCAAUGCUGACAUAACUAUUACUGACAUUAUAACCGGGCUUAGUAGUAGUAAAUGGAUCCGGGACAACCUCCAGUGCCUGAUCCUAAACUCCCUGACCUUGUCCCUGGAGGAUCCAUAUGAACGAUGCUUCAGCUGCUUAUCUGGACUUCGCGCCCUGAGCAUCACAAAUGUACUAUUUUACAAUGAAGAUCUCGCAGAUGUGGCUUCUCUUCCCAGGUUGGAAAGUUUAGAUAUCUCCAACACAUCGGUGACCGACAUCUCCGCUCUACUGGACUGCAAGGACAGACUGAAAUCCCUCACAAUGCACCACCUAAAGUGUCUGAAGAUGACGACCACACAAAUAUUGGAAGUGAUCAAAGAACUCAGCCAGCUCAAUCACUUGGAUAUAUCUGAUGACAAGCAGUUCACAUCAGACAUAGCCUGUCGUCUGCUGGAGCAGAGGGAUAUCCUGCUCGGCCUCGUCUCAUUAGACAUCUCUGGCAGAAAGCAUGUGACGGAUAAAGCGGUGGAGGCCUUUAUCUUGCAACGGCCUCAAAUCCAGUUUGUUGGUCUUCUGGCCACGGAGGCUGGGUAUUCGGAGCUUCUUUCUGGAGAAGGCAAUGUGAAGGUUUCCGGUGAAGCAAAUCAGAUCCAGAUCGCAGAGGCACUCCGCAGAUACAGUGAGCGCUCCUUCUUUGUUCGUGAAGCCCUCUUUCACCUGUUUAGUCUGACACAUGCCAUGGAAAAAGCAAAUCCAGAGAUGUUGAAGUUAGUGGUAAUAGGCAUGAGGAACCACCCUACCAAUCUACCUGUGCAGCUUGCUGCCAGCGCUUGUGUUUUUAACUUGACCAAGCAGGACCUAGCAGCUGGAAUGCCUGUGAAACUUCUAGCCGAUGUAACUCACUUGCUGCUAAAAGCUAUGAAGAAUUUUCCAAACCAUCAGCAGUUGCAGAAGAACUGUCUGCUGUCCCUCUGCAGUGAUAGAAUAUUGCAGGACGUCCCAUUCAACAGGUUUGAUGCCGCAAAGCUUGUAAUGCAGUGGUUGUGCAAUCAUGAGGAUCAGAACAUGCAGAGGAUGGCAGUUGCUAUAAUCUCUAUUCUCGCUGCAAAGCUAUCAACUGAACAGACAGCACAGUUGGGAGCCGAGCUCUUCAUUGUGCGGCAACUUCUACAAAUUGUGCGACAAAAGACCAGCCAGAGUCUAGUGGACACCACCUUGAAAUUCACUCUCAGUGCUUUGUGGAACUUGACCGAUGAAUCGCCAACCACAUGUCGACAUUUUAUAGAAAACCAAGGUCUGGAACUCUUCAUGAAGGUCCUUGAGACCUUUCCAUCAGAGUCUUCCAUUCAGCAGAAGGUCUUGGGUUUGCUGAACAACAUAGCAGAGGUGAAGGAGCUGCACUCGGAGCUCAUGUGGAAGGAUUUUAUCAAUCAGAUCAGUAAGCUCCUGCACAGUGUGGAAGUGGAGGUCAGUUACUUCGCUGCUGGGAUCAUUGCACACCUUGUGUCCCGAACAGAAGAGACCUGGACCUUAAGCCCAAGCUUACGAGAUACAAUGCUGGAGCAACUUCAUUCUGCCAUACUCAGCUGGCCAACACCCGAAUGUGAAAUGGUAGCCUACAGGUCUUUUAAUCCGUUCUUCCCUCUCCUCGCCUGCUUCAGUACACCUGGCGUCCAGCUUUGGGCAGUCUGGGCCAUGCAACACGUCUGCAGCAAAAACCCUGUCCGAUACUGCAGCAUGCUGAUUGAAGAAGGAGGCUUGGAGAAACUGCACCGCAUCCGAGACCACACAAGUGCCAACCCAGAUGUACUGCAGAUUACAGUCGCCAUUUUAGACAACCUUGAUAGGCACCUUACACGGCACGGUAACACUUUUAGUCCAAGGCCAUCUUCCUCUACAAAAUGAGUCUGGAGUUGUCUUCUCCCGGGUUUGCCCAGUGUCGUCUGUAGUUUGAAAGUGUGCUGUGUGUGGGCUGUUUCUUUAAAUGUCCCACCGGAUGAGGCUUUUUCAUUAGGGAGCAGAGACUUUUGUAUUAAAACAGGAAUUCAGCAUUACCACUCAUAUAUUUUAUUUUAUUUUUUUGCAUGUGAGUGUGUUUAAAAAAAAAAGUAAAAAAAAAAAAAAAAAGGACUUUGUGUAAAAAUGAGUAUUGCAAAUGAUUGUUUUUCGUCUUGUGCUCUCGCUCCUGGUCAGGGAAGUUUUUGCUUUCAUGUUUUAAAAUACCGAUGCAACAAGUUUUCUAGAAUAUGGAAUUUACUGUUGACGCGAUUUGCCAUGUCACUACAAUCUUAACCCUUUGUGAGUUCUGCGAUGGCAAGGCACGUCCUUCUGCAGUCUCGAGAGAUUCUGGGCGGAAGUAAAGUCUUGUAAAUGAAAAGAUAUAUUUUUAGUUGGUAAAAAAAAAAAAAUGUAAAAUAUGAAGCUGCUGGAGACUUAACAGUGUAAAUAUGUUACAUGAGAUAUUAUCUUGUACAGAGAUGAGAUUUAAAUUCCAUUCAGUUGCAAUGAAAACAUGUGUAUAACACCAUGGAGGUUCACUUUAAGAAUUUUUUUUUUUAUCUAUGUAGGCCCAAAAUUCUGUUCUUAAUAAUUAUAUAUUUUUUUUUUAAUAGAGGUCUGACCUUUUCUCAUGUAGAGCUCCAUCUCCCAGAGUUAAAAGGGGUUCUCUGGGCUUUUAAU